GACGAGGGUCUCCUGUUGAUUUAGCCAAAAACACAGGAACAGGAAAUUUGCAAUCUCAAACCGCGGACGAUUCUGUGUGAUUUAGCUGUUUUCGUGUUCGGGAUUGCUCGGCAUUUCACGCUCUGGACAUGCGUGGGGCUGGAGCAGGAUAGGGCUUGUCUAAAGUUUGAACAGCAGAGCUGAAGGUACAAUUGACUGAUAAGGCAGAGGUGGGAUGAUGAGUAUGAUGGCUUCCCCUCUGUUCCUACUGAUAGCCUGUCUGGUCUCAUCGCGUGUCGGAGGGGCUUUCUUCUCGGGACCCCUGCACCCGGAGAUGUCCAACGGCACUUUUCAUCAUUAUUUCGUGCCGGACGGCAACUAUGAAGAAAACGACGAUCCCGAGAAAUGUCAGAUGCUGUUCAAAAUGACCGACAAUCGCAAAUGCACCUUGGACGAGGACCAGGACUCGGUGAUCCGGGACGAUUUUAUCAUCAUCAAGCGGCACAUCGAGGACGCGGCGCGAGUGCUCGAGGGCAUCGGGAAGAGCAUCUCCUUCGACCUGGACGGAGAGGACAGCUAUGGGAAAUACCUGAGACGGGAGACGAGCCAGAUCAGCGGGGCGUUUUCUAACUCCGAGAAGUCUCUUCUGGAGCUGGAGGUGAAAUUCAAACAGAGCCAGGGAAACGAGCUGAAAGAGGAGCACAAGAUCAGCGACGACUUCCUCGACAUGAUCGUACACACGCGCGACGUGCUGAAAGAGACACUGGACAUCUCGCUGGGACUGAAGGACAAGCACGAGCUGCUGUCGCUCAUCAUCCGGAGUCACGGGACCCGGUUAAGCCGCCUGAAGAACGAGUAUAUGAAGGCGUAGAGGACUGUUUGUCUGCCUUCAGUACGCAGGCAAAUCUCAAUCUGUCUCUAUGGGAAGGCAUUUUAACAUUAAUUCCUUCAAAUUAAGUAGUAAUUUACUUGUAGCCUACU